AUGGAGAAGGUUGAGAGUUUGCUGAAGGACUUGCGCUUGUCAGAGAAGGAGAAGAAGGGGAUCAAGAUCGGUUGGACGGGAUCGGGGAAGGCAGGAGUAGUGGAACCCCAGGCGAUGGCGCAGCUAUUGUCGGAGAAACCGGUGUUCGUUGAGGCGAUGGCGGAGACGCUGGGUCGGAUCUGGUGCCCCAUAAAGGGUGUGGCUUGUAAGGAGGUUGGGGAGAACAUCUUCCACUUCACCUUCGGGCGGGAGUCGGGGAAGAGAAUGGCGCUGGAUGGGGGACCGUGGGAAUUCGGGAAUGAUUUGCUGGUAAUGGAGGACUAUGUUCCCAGGAAGCGCAUUGAGGAUUACAACUUCGAUACUAUCCCGAUCUGGGUACGUGUGCUGCGCCUCCCUUUGGGACUGAUGACCCGAGAUGUGGGAGAAGCCGUUGAGGCUGAGAUUGGUGAAGUGUUGGAAGUCGACACUCAGGCAGAUGGAGGAGCGGUAGGCAAGUACCUGUGGAUGAAGGUGAGGAUGAAAAUCACGGUUCCACUGAUGCGGGGGUUUACCUUGGAGGAGGAAGAGGGUGAACAGAAUCUGAUCACGAGUGGAAAAGAGCAAGAGGGGGAGGAGGAUAGGAAUUGGUGCCCAUUCUAG